AAAAAGCAGAAAAGAACAGUCUCUUCUCUUCAAUUGGUGUUAAGUUUUGUUCCCCUGUCACGGCCAGAUCUUCAAGAAAUAAAUAAAAAAAGGCAGCAUCGAAGGAAGAUGAGUGAGUGUGAGCACAUGAGGGAGUAUUGAGCAGGACAUGGGCGUAGCGUAGCCGAAGAAAGCGAAAGCGCAGUCUCAUAAUUGAUAAUUCUGAAAUCCAAACAAAGUCUCCGUCGUUCACACUUGUAAACUUUUCCACCCAACACAAUGAAGCCAGAGAAACCCCGUUGCAGGUUCCACCUUCGCACGCUCUCCAAACGCACGCACCACCCUCUUCUCCACCUCCGCCUCCUCUUCCUCUUCGUUCCCACAUAAACCUAUUUCCCUUCAAUUCCACGUUCCACAAUUCAAAACCUCACCAAUCACCUAAUCCUCAACCAUGUCCGAAUCCCUUCUCUGCCUCUUGACCGAAGACCUACUCAUCCGACUCCUCCAGAAGCUCGGCUCCCACCGGAAACCGUUUCGCUUGGUGUGCAAGGACUUUCUCCGGGUCGAAUCCGCAACCCGGAAAACCCUUCGGAUCCUCCGAAUCGAGUUCCUCCUCGGCUUGCUGGAAAAGUUCUGCAACAUUGAGACGCUCGACCUGUCGCUGUGUCCGCGGAUCGACGACGGCGUGGUGUCGGUUCUGCUCACUCAGGGAUCGGCGAGUUGGACUCGGGGACUCAGGAGGCUCGUGCUGAGCCGGGCCACCGGGUUGGGCCAUCUGGGCUUGGAGAUGCUGAUUCGGGCCUGCCCUGUGCUGGAGGCCGUGGAUGUGUCCCAUUGUUGGGGCUAUGGUGACAGGGAGGCCGCGGCGCUAUCGUGCGCCCCGAGCUUGAGGGAACUCAACAUGGAUAAGUGUUUAGGGGUUACUGAUAUUGGGUUGGCCAAGAUUGCUGUUGGGUGUGGCCAAUUGGAGAGGCUCAGUUUGAAGUGGUGCUUCGAGAUUUCUGAUCUGGGGAUUGAUCUGCUUUGCAAGAAGUGCUUGGACUUGAAAUUUCUCGACGUGUCCUAUCUCAAGGUAACGAGUGAAUCUUUGAGAUCAAUAGCUUCUCUGUUAAAGCUUGAAGUUUUCGUUAUGGUGGGCUGUUCUUUGGUGGAUGAUGUUGGAUUGCGAUUUCUUGAAAAAGGAUGUCCACUGCUUAAGGCAAUUGAUGUAUCAAGGUGUGAUUGUGUUAGCUCAUCCGGUUUAAUAUCUGUAAUUAGUGGACAUGAAGGUCUUGAGCAGUUGGAUGCAGGAUACUGCCUCUCUGAGCUUUCAGCACCUCUUGUUAAAUGCUUGGAGAAUUUGAAGCAGCUGAGAAUAAUUAGAAUUGAUGGUGUUCGAGUCUCUGAUUUUAUCCUCCAGACAAUUGGCACCAAUUGCCAGUCUUUAGUGGAACUUGGUUUAAGCAAAUGUGUUGGGGUGACCAACAAGGGAAUUAUGCAACUAGUAUCUGGCUGUCGCAAUUUGAAGAUACUUGAUUUGACUUGUUGUCGUUUCAUCACUAAUGCAGCCAUCUCUAUUAUAGCAAACUGUUGUCCAGACCUUGUCUGUCUGAAGCUAGAGUCUUGUGAUAUGAUGACUGAGAAUUGUCUUUAUCAACUUGGAUUAAAUUGCUUGCUGCUUGAAGAGCUUGAUCUCACUGAUUGCUCUGGUGUUGAUGACUUAGCACUUAGAUAUCUAUCAAGAUGUUCAGAACUCGUAAGAUUGAAGUUAGGAUUAUGCACAAACAUAUCGGACAUAGGAUUGGCACACAUUGCUUGUAACUGCCCAAAAAUGACUGAACUUGAUCUCUAUCGCUGUGUACGUAUUGGUGAUGAUGGGUUAGCAGCACUGACAAGUGGAUGCAAGAGGUUGACAAAGCUCAACUUGUCAUAUUGCAAUAGAAUUACAGACAGAGGAAUGGAGUAUAUCAGCAAUCUUGGUGAACUAUCUGAUCUGGAGUUGCGUGGGCUUUCAAACAUCACAAGCAUUGGUAUAAAAGCAGUUGCAGUAAGUUGCAAGAGAUUGGCAGAUUUAGAUUUGAAACAUUGUGAAAAAAUUGAUGAUUCAGGUUUCUGGGCCCUUGCUUAUUAUUCACAAAACCUGCGGCAGGAUUGGGGGACGUAAUUCUAUGUUCUAACUGGACAUAGUGGUGAUGAUGGCAGAUAAAUAUGAGCUACUGUAUUGUCUCAGAUAUGGUGUUGUGCCUGCUUAUGGGUAACCUGAAACGCCUCCAGGAUGCCAAACUGGUGUGUCUUUCUAAAGUCACUGUCAAAGGAUUGGAACUUGCCCUUAGAGCUUGCUGUGGUCGUAUUAAAAAGGUUAAACUUAAGAGGUCCCUCAGGUUCUUGCUUUCCUCAGAAAUGCUCGAGGCAAUGAAUGCACGGGGUUGCAAGAUCAGAUGGGAUUAGCCUAUAGCCACGCUAUCAAUCUGUUAUACUUUCUUUUCUUGGAAGCAAUGCUGCUUCAUUAAGAUCUUUUUUGAUUCGAAAAUUUAAAUUUCAGUUGCAUUUUCUUUU